UACGAAGUUUAAAAUGAAUAUGCUUGAAAGCGAGUGAAUGAUUCUUUACUUGAAACUAAGACACAGUAACUAGCCUUUUUAGUUGGUUAUGUUCCAAUGUUUCAGAACAGCUCUGUUCCAACCUUUUUUAAUCCCUUCACAAGUCCGUUCUUGAGUGCUUAUAGUUCUCUGUGCUGAAUGGUGGUAUAAGCUGAAGAACUGAAGCUGAAAGUUGCUUACUUUGAAGCAGGGUCCUAUUGGAAGCAUGGUUAUGGGGAGAACAUUGUUCCUCUUGGUUUUCUGCUUGUGGAUUCCCUUGGAAGUGUUGGGGAGGAAAGAGCCUUCUUCACCUACCACUGUGAAUUCCACUGUUUCUUCGAGACCCAAGGUUGUGAAAUUUGGGGCCCUCUUUACUGUGAACUCUGUCAUUGGGAGAUCGGCCUUACCUGCAAUUUUGGCUGCCGUUCGUGAUGUUAAUUCUAUCAGGACCAUUCUCCCUGGCAUUGAUCUGCAAGUUAUUUUACAUAAUACAAAUUGCAGUGAGUUUCUUGGAACAAUGGAAGCUCUGCAGCUGAUGGAGAAUGAUGUGGUUGCUAUUGUUGGUCCACUAUCAUCUGGAAUAGCUCAUGUCAUCUCUCAUGUUGUAAAUGAACUCCAUGUGCCUCUUCUAUCGUUUGGGGCAACUGAUCCCACUCUAUCUUCUCUACAAUACCCAUAUUUUGUCCGCACUACCCAGAACGACCAUUUUCAGAUGUUUGCAGUUGCAGACUUUAUUGAUUAUUACAGAUGGAAGGAGGUAAUAGCCAUUUAUGUAGACAAUGAUAAUGGAAGGAAUGGAAUUUCUGUAUUGGGUGAUGCACUGUCAAAGAAACGCGCCAAGAUCUCUUACAAGGCUGCUUUCACUCCUGGUGCCACAGAAAGUGAUAUCAGUGACUUGUUAAAUGAAGUUAACUUAAUGGAAUCGCGAGUCUAUGUUCUUCAUGUGAAUCCUGAUUCAGGUUUAGCUGUUUUCUCUAUUGCCAAGAGGCUAAGAAUGAUGACCAGUGGCUAUGUUUGGAUUGCAACACAUUGGCUUCCUUCAGUGCUGGAUUCCUUUGAUACACCUGACUCUGACACAAUGGAUCUCUUACAAGGGGUUGUGGCCUUUCGCCAUCACAUUCCUGAUACUGAUCUCAAAAGGAGUUUGCUCUCCAGGUUGAAAAGCCAAAGAGACAGGGAGAGCGUUAGCUUCAAUUCUUAUGCAUUUUAUGCAUAUGAUUCUGUUUGGUUAGCAGCUCGUGCCCUUGAUGCUUAUCUCAAUGAAGGUGGAAAUAUAUCUUUCUCAAGCGACCCUAAGUUGCAUGACACAAAUGGAAGCUUGUUGCAGCUAUCGUCACUUCGUACCUUUGAUGGUGGUCCAGAAUUUCUCCGGACAAUUUUGGGAAUUAACUUCACUGGUGUGAGUGGUCAAAUUGAGUUUGACAUGGACAAGAAUUUAGUUCAUCCAGCUUAUGAUAUUCUAAAUAUUGGUGGUACUGGAUCCCGCAGAAUUGGUUAUUGGUCUAAUCACACUGGUCUUUCAGUUAUAGCUCCUGAAAGUUUAUAUGAGAAAAAAUCAUCCAACACGUCUUUGAUGAGCAAUCAACAAGUGUACAGUGUGAUAUGGCCUGGUGAGACAACAACUACGCCAAGGGGAUGGGUGUUUCCAAACAAUGGACGGCCACUAAGGAUAGCAGUGCCUAACCGAGUGAGCUACAAGGACUUUGUUGCUAAAGACAAGGACCCCCCAGGGGUACAUGGCUAUUGUAUAGAUGUCUUCGAAGCAGCCAUAAAUUUGUUGUCUUAUCCCGUCCCACGACAAUAUAUGCUAUAUGGAAAUGGUAAAAGGAAUCCUGACUACAACGAGCUUGUGGAACAGGUUGCACAGAAUAACUUCGAUGCAGUUGUUGGAGAUGUUGCAAUUGUCACAAAUAGGACAAGGAUUGUGGAUUUUACUCAACCUUUUAUGCCAUCAGGGCUUGUUGUUGUUGUUCCUGUUGUGGAGCAGAAGUCAAGCCCUUGGUCUUUCCUUGAGCCAUUCACUACUCAAAUGUGGUGUGUCACUGGUGCUUUCUUUCUUUUCGUUGGAACUGUUGUGUGGAUUCUUGAGCACCGGCUCAAUCCUGAGUUCCGUGGUUCACCGAGGAAACAACUUAUAACAGUGUUUUGGUUUAGCUUCUCAACAAUGUUUUUCUCACACAGGGAGAACACUGUGAGUGGACUUGGGCGAUUGGUGCUAAUCAUAUGGCUCUUUGUGGUGUUGAUCAUAAAUUCAAGCUACACAGCUAGCUUGACAUCUAUCCUCACUGUGCAGCAACUGUCAUCUCAAAUUGAUGGAAUUGACAGCUUGAUCUCUAGUACUCAACCUAUUGGAAUUCAAGAUGGGUCAUUUGCACGGAAGUAUCUGAUAGAUGAGCUCAACAUAGCUGAAUCUAGGAUAGUUACGUUGAAAACCAUGGAGGAAUAUGUUGAUGCCCUUCAGCGUGGCCCUAAAGGUGGAGGGGUUAUGGCAAUUGUUGAUGAGCUUCCUUAUAUUGAGGUCUUGAUGUCCAGCACUAACUGUAAGUUCAGAAAUGUUGGGCAGGAGUUCACUAAAAGUGGCUGGGGAUUUGCAUUCCAGAGGGACUCUCCUCUUGCUAUUGACUUGUCAACUGCCAUUCUUCAACUCUCCGAGAAUGGAGACCUGCAAAAGAUUCAUGACAAAUGGCUUAGUAAAGAGGAGUGUACAACCGUUGCUAAUUCAAACAAACUAGCUCUGACAAGCUUCUGGGGCCUCUUUCUUAUAUGUGGCAUUGCAUGUGCCAUUGCUCUCAUUGUUUUCUUUAUUAGAGUGUAUUGUCAAUACAACAAAUUCAGCGCUGAGCCUGGGAAGAUUGAUGAGGAAAUUCAACCAGUCAAGUCUAGACGUCCUAGCAGAACAUCUAGCCUCAAGAACUUGAUAGAAUUUGUAGAUAAAAGGGAGUCAGAAAUCAAAGGGAAAAACAAAAAAAGGAGACACAGCCAGAACUUUGAUGAACAUUCGGUUACAUCACCUAGUUAACCAAUUGGUGCAUCUUUUUGUUUUUCUCCUUUUGACUACCUUAGAUAUAGUGAUGGUACAAAUUAAUCUACACUAGUGAAGGUAAAUUCAUUCCUUCUUAACAAGGAAAUUGUGACAGCAAUAAUGUCACUACAAUAGUAUUUUGAAAAUAAAAUAUCAUGCUUUAGCUUGUACCCUUGUUUAGAAAAAGCUUGAGAAGAAAAAAGCACCCUAACCGCAAUUCCCAUCA